UACAACCAGCGUGCAGUUGAAAAAAUAGGGCAACUAACUAUGUAACCGAUUUUACCAUUAUCUUCCCUUUUGAAUACAAAGUUGUGAGUUGGUUGAUGUAAAUAACUAUAUAGUACAGUAUAUGAACGUGAAAUGACAUCUGAAAGUAAUUAUGCAUCUAGUGAAUCUACGACUUCAGAUAUCAACCAAUGUUAUGUUCGUUGUUAUAGUUUUGUAGCUGACUACUAACUAUAAGAUGUUUAGUUUCAGAGGCCGUAUUACUUCAUAACGAAGGUCUUAAGUACUGAUUAUUUUUAUUUUUGAUUUAUUCAAGGGAUAAACUGUCAGACAUAUUAAACUGUGUACAUGUAUAACGAUUUGUUUGUGGUAUUCUUUUCGAACUGGAUUAGGUUAUCUUCUUUACAAAGCCAGGAAGUUGGUGAUAACAGUUUCACUAUAGGAUUUUAAUGAGAGUGAGAAUAGUUUAAUCAUAUUUGCUUGAGUAACAUGGUAUGAUGUUUUAUGGGGCACUUUCAGUUUCUAUCUUUUAGCAUGUGAAUCUGAAAAUAUUGUAAAAAAAGUGUGGAUUUCAAGUAAGACCAUUCAUAGGACAGAACUUAUGUGUUUCUAGCAUCCAUGAAAUUAUGGUUUAUGCCUUCGUUUCCUUAAAUUUGUUGGAUUUUAUUGAUUAGUAUUGUGUAGUAAGUUCACAUCUUACACCAUUAUACUGUGAGUUAAUAACGUGUCACGUAAUUCUUGAUUGAAUUCACGUGGAAUUUUGUAUUUAGAUGUUUUUUGGAGCGGUGUCAGUAAUGCUUUAUUGGGAUACUUGGGUUGCGCCAUUAGUAAUAAAAUGCCUUUUUGUAGAAUGAAAGGACUCUUAAAGAAACUAUGUGCAUAUCGUCUUCUGUAAUCGUUUGCCGAGAAGAAUUUGGGGUUAAAGAAUUCAAAGAAAUAGAUUCCGUUUCACUAGUUCCCGGUGAUGUAAUUGAGAUUCCACGAAACGGAUGUCUGGUUCAAUGUGAUGCCAUUUUACUAGCAGGAAACUGCAUAGUAAAUGAAAGUACAUUGACCGGUGAAAGUGUUCCAGUCACCAAAAUUCCCUUGCCCGAUUCACCAUCAAAGGCUACCUUAUUUGAUAUCAAAGUUCAUGGUCGCCAUAUUUUAUUUGCUGGUACUACUGUUAUUCAAACAAGAAAUUAUGAAGAUGAACGUGUUUUGGCUGUUGUUGCACGCACUGGCUUUUACACGGUGAAGGGUGAACUUGUACGGUCGAUUCUCUUUCCUAAACCUCUAAAAUUCAAAUUCACUCAAGAUUCCUUCCGGUUUAUUUUCGCGUUGUCUAUUCUCGCUGUAAUCGGUUUAGGAGUUUCAAUCUACUUGAUGAUCAGAGCUGACGUUGGUGUUGGUGACAUUAUCCGACGAGCGUUAGAUCUAGUUACUGUAGUGGUACCACCAGCCCUACCUGUUGUGAUGACAGUAGGUGUUGUCCUGGCUCAACGACGUUUACGAUCACAUGGAAUAUUUUGUGUCAAUCCAACCGUGAUCAAUGUAUGUGGAGCUAUCAAUGUGGCUUGUUUUGAUAAGACGGGUACUUUAACAGAAGAUGGUUUGGAUAUGUGGGGUAUCAUUCCUUACGAAGAUGGUUUGUUUAGAGACCCGGAAUUGGAACCGUCGGAGUUAGGCAAUGGUCCCUUAAUAGAAUGUUUGGCGACAUGUCAUUCAUUGACAUUGAUCGAAGGAGUCCUGUCUGGAGAUCCUCUGGAUUUGAAGAUGUUUCAGUCAACUAAAUGGGAAUUCAUUGAAGAAGCUGCUGAUCAUUGUAAGUUUGAGAUGGCUGUCCCUGCUAUCGUACGUCCACCGAGUAAAGGCAGUUCAACGGAAAAGAUUUCUGUAAAAUUCAAUGGUGAUGAUAUUCCGUACGAAGUGGGUAUUUUACGUCAAUUUCCAUUCAGUUCUUCAUUGCAACGCAUGUCUGUGAUUACUCGUGCUCUCAAUCAAAAUCAUUUCAAUAUAUAUACUAAAGGUGCACCUGAAACCAUUGAAUUGUUGUGCAGAUGUGAUACUAUUCCUAGAGAUUUUCAUUCAACUCUGUUGGAAUACACACGUGAAGGGUAUCGAGUGUUAGCAUUAGCUUGGAAACCAUUAAAAGCAACCUAUACAAAAGUUUUACGUGUACCUAGGGAACGUGUUGAACAGGAUUUACAAUUUCUUGGUUUACUAAUCAUGGAGAACCGUUUGAAACCGGAAACAACUCAAGUGAUUGAAACUUUAAGACAUGCCAAUAUUCGACCUGUGAUGGUGACUGGUGAUAAUAUGCUAACUGCACUAUCAGUAGCUCGGGAUUGCGAGAUGAUCGAUGAACUGGAUCGUAUUAUUCUUGUGUCUGCAAAACCACCACCUCUUGUUCAGUCAUCUAGUCCACAUGAUUCUGUGGUAUGUUCUGCCAAUGUUGAUGUAUCAAAAGAUCAACAACAGAGUCUUGCUCCUUCGAAUCAUGCUUUUCAUGUUAGUUCACCAUCGAUCCUGUUGACAAAAUCACAAGGAUCCAAAUACGACAAUAGACCACGUACACGCUCAAGCUUUAAUACAGCAACUUCUCUAUCUCAGGAGAAUUUCUUCAAUCAACAUGACGAUUCAUUAGUUGAAUUUCAUUAUGCUGAAGAUUUACACAAACCAGUUACUGAAGUGACAGCUACAACUGAGACAGGAACAACUGGUAAAUUCCAUAAAUCUCAACUUGUUAAUAAUACUUCGACCGAAACUGAUUAUGAUUCACAUAAAUUUCCAGUAAGGAGUGCUAAGAAACCUCGAAAAUUGAUGCGUUGUUUAUGCAAAAAUGUUCCUUGUGUGUGUGUACAGAAUUCCUCACCUUCGUCAAGCCCACUGACAGAUAUAACUCAGGUGCCUACUGUUUCAGUGAAUGACCACCUUCCUGUAUCUUCACCCGAUCAACGUAAACGUCACCCUUAUGAACUUCGACGCAAUGCAUCUUCCUCUAAAGAUCACUUGCAAUCUGUGUCGAAUGAUCGCUUGAAUUCCACUCGUCCUGUAUCUAUACGGAUGCUUGAUCGACCUGAUUUCCACUUGGCUAUGUCUGGUAAAACAUGGGCUAUCAUUCGAGAACACUAUCCUUGGCUUAUACCAAAGCUUGUAGUCAAAGGUACUGUGUUUGCUCGUUUUCGUCCGGAACAAAAAGCUCAACUAAUUGAAUCGCUUCAAUCAGUUGGUUAUUUUGUUUCAAUGUGUGGCGAUGGCGCUAAUGAUUGUGGUGCAUUGAAAGUGGCACAUGCUGGGAUUGCAUUAAGCGAAACUGAAGCCAGUGUUGCUAGUCCUUUCACAUCGAAACAACAAAAUAUUAGUUGUGUCCCGACACUUAUUCGUGAAGGUCGUUGCGCGUUGACUACGAGUUUUGGUGCAUUCAAGUUUAUGGUUGGUUAUUCAAUGAUUCAAUUUUUCUCAGUUAUACUUUUGUAUUAUAUUGGUAGUAAUAUUGCUGAUCUGCAGUUUUUAUUCAUCGAUCUUUUCCUAAUCACGACUCUGGGUCUUACUUUUGGCUAUACUCCGGCGUAUCCUCGUCUGUCUGUGGAACCUCCUGGAAUGCGGUUAGUAUCAACUGUGACUUUAUUAUCAUUGGGUCUGCAGUUGCUCACUUGUGGUCUUGUACAAUUUUCAGUGUUUGUAUUUACGCGACUACAACCAUGGUAUUUACCACUGUUUGCUUAUCAUGAAGAUUAUGAAUUGAAAAACUUUGAAAGUACAGCCAUAUUCACUGUAUCUGUUUACCAGUACAUUAUAUUGGCUAUUGUAUUCUCUAAAUCUGCACCAUAUCGUCGAUCGAUUCUUUCUAAUCAUUUAUUCGUUAUCAACAUUAUUGCAUGUGUUGCGGGAUCAUUAUACUUGACAUCUCAUCCAGCUCGUGUGGUUCGCAAUGUAUUCGAACUUUGUCGUUUUCCUUCAGUUUAUUUUGUUAUAAUUCUGCAUGGAAUAGUAUUGGGCAAUUUAUUGUUUGGAUAUAUUUUGGAAUCGAUUGUUGAUGGUGUUUCAUUUCGACAACGAAUACAUCAUAUUAAACAUGCAUUAUUUCCCAGUUGA